AUGGCAUUUGCUCCCCGUCUUCGAGUUCCGCCCCUGCAGUCGCUAGUGGAGAUGGAAUCCAUCAGCGACACCGCAUCCAAGGCUGGCAAGGCAGGACGCCCAGUUCUUCUCUCGUUCGAUGAGAUGCCCGAAUGGUUCCGACGUGAAUCCAACCAGUGGAUUCUCCGUGGCUAUCGGCCUAUCUCAGGCUCGGCUCACGCUUCGUUCUGCAGUUGGUCGUAUAUCCACAACGAGUCAGUCAAUAUCUAUUCCCACCUCAUCCCGGCUGUUUUCCUCCUACUCGGCGAGUGGUAUAUCCAGCAGUACCUUGCCAGCAGACACUCCGGGGUCACUGGCGCCGAUCUCAUUGCUUUCUCCAUCUUUAUGUUGACGGCCUUCACGUGCCUGUCGUUGUCGGCGACGUACCACACGUUGAUGAACCACUCCAAACACGUAGAACAUCUCUGCCUGCGAUCGGAUAUGUUGGGUAUAGUGAUCUUCAUACUGGGCGGCCUUAUCUUGGGAAUAUACAUGGUUUUCUGGUGUGAACCUUUGCCACGCAAUAUCUACUGGUCUAUGAUUGGAGUUUUCGGGACGUUGACCAUCUUUAUGACAAUGCAUCCCAAGUUCCAGGGCCGAAACUAUCGCCUCUUCCGAGCAUUGAUGUUCGUGGCGACUGGCUUGUCCGGUGUUGCGCCCUUGAUCCAUGGACUCAAUUUGUUUGGCAUGUCGCAGAUGAUGAGAAAGGCUUUCCCCUAUACUCUGGCAAAAGCAGGCUUCCUUCUAUCUGGGACUUCGUUUUAUGCAACCAGGUUUCCCGAAAGUCGAUAUCCUGGCAAAUUCGACCUGUGGGGCUCCCAUUCGAUCUUUCACAUUCUGGUGGUAUGCGCUGCUGUGGUCCAGUUGAUUGGGUAUCUGGAUGCUUUCGACUAUGCGCAGGCAAAUCUUACUUGCUCGUCUCUUUGA